UGCUCUCCCAUCGCCCGCAUAAGCCCACCCAAGCCCUCGCUCGCUCGCCGAGAUCCAUGGCGGCCACGGCGGCUGGGAGAGGACGCGCAUGGGAGGAGGAGUUCGGCGAGCUCUUGUGGACCUGCUGUCCAUCGUGCGGGCCAGCAACCGCUGCCGCUGCCAGCAGCAGGAGGCGCGGGCGGAGAUCCUCUUGUGGGGCCGGCGCCGGCCGAGGAAGGCCCCGGCUGCGCCGCCGUACGAGAAGCCCGCGGCCGAUGACGAUAGUAGCAAGGGCGUCGCCAGCCCGGACACCACGCUCGCCUUCCCCGAGGACGACGAGGCGGCUGCGACGGAGGACGAGGCCAAGGCCGGCGCACAAGACAAGUGGCCGAGGUGGAGCUAUAGGCCGCCGAGGUUGCCUAUGUCGUGGGAUGAGGAGGAGGAUGGCGAAUGGGAAGCACCGAAGAUUGACAACCCCAACUCCCCAAGUGUGAAGAGGCACCUGGUUGUGGUGAAUGGAAGAGGCCGAUGAAGCAGAAUCCUUCCUACAAAGGCAAGUGGCAUGCGCCCCUGAUUGACAACCCCAGCUACAAGGGAAUCUGGAAGCCCCAAGAUAUCCCCAACCCUGAGUACUUUGAGCUUGACAAGCCUGACUUUAAUCCAAUUGCUGCUAUUGGAAUUGAGAUCUGGACAAUGCAUGAUGACAUCGUUUAUGGCAAUAUUCUUUUUGCCGAUGAUUAAAAGGUAGCCACCUAUAUCCUCGAGAAGACAUGGAAGCCCAAGUUUGAUGUUGAGAAGGAAAAAAGCAGAUGGCUCAGUGGAUCAUCUAGCCUCCCACUUGGCAAGGUGCAGCGGCCCUCUUCUUGUUUUCUCUUUCCCAAGAGCACAUCAUGGAUUAUCAGCAGGAUUGAGCUGAUGAUCUAGAUCGUGCAGGUCAAAGGAACUUGCCAGCAACACUCCUCUUUGAUCUGGUAUGUCGUUCAUCUCGGGUGAUUUCUACCCUGGAAAAUAACAUGGAACAUCAAAAACUGCAUUUUGAAAAGGUUCCUGCAAACUUGAUUUUAUUGAUCCUGCAUUUAUGAAAAUUUAUGAAUAGGACAAUCGUUUGUGUUUUCUUCCAGUUGUUCUAAUGUAUAAAACGAUGCCAUGAUAGUUGGCAUUCAUGCUUCAAGUAUGAGAUCAGCUCAACCAUCUCCAAUAGUCUUCUUUCUUGCUAUCCAGGACUUAAAGAGCAGAAAAUCUUUGAACAAGGGGUGGAUGGGGGUACACGGUUUGGUCCCCUGUGCAGAAUAAAACAGUUUUAUGAUACAUAGGCUACAAUUUUCAGAACUGAAACACAGGUAGGUUCCAGUUGUGAUUCCGAUGUACAACUUCGAUUAGUAUUUAUUCCCACCGGCUGUAUAUAUUGCCUAUGAAAUUUGUGGAAUUUUGAUCAAAUUUGUAAUGCA